CCGCCACGCCCUGCGGAUCUUCCAUCAGGGCACACACAAGUCCUGUUGGCUGCAGGCUUUUAGCCCCGGAAAUGUCGGCGGCUGCCCAUGUUCGUUACGUGGGCAGCUGCACUAAGGGCCACAGGAUCCGUAACAAUUCCAGACUUGACCUCAUCAUACGCGUCGUCAUCACAAGGCUCGAACGCCCCCUUCGCCGACUAGAGCCUACCCGCCUGCGCCUCUGCUACAUAUUGGCUUUAUCCCUAGUCGCUCUCCAGUCGUCCUUCCCCUGUUGCUAUUGUUUCCCUGUUGUCCACUAUUCUCGUGUGCUUGUACAACGCUUCGCUCUCUGCGACUUCAACUGCAAUCUCAAACACGAUUCAUAGCUGCCUUCUCUCAGCUCCGACCACUCGCGCGUCAGGUUUCACCAAGCCACACCAGAGACUGUUUGUAAUCCGUGGUAUACAUCCACCGCACAGCCCUAGCAUCGCAUUUCCAGGAACAACAUCAUGAAGUACUCGACAUUCCUGGCGGCGCAAUUGGCGUCGUCGGCCGCGGCAGUGAGGCUUGCACCACGAGAGAAUCCGCGAGUGGUGCGCCUAGAUACUCAGCGCCGGAACAUCGUCAACCCCGUCGCACACGACCAGCUACGAAGACGGCAAAAGGUUGUCCAGGAGACACUGGACAAUCUCGAGACGCUCUACUUCGCCAACGCAAGCUUAGGUACUCCUGAGCAAAACUUCCGGCUACACAUCGACACAGGUAGCAGCGAUCUUUGGGUCAACUCGGUCAACUCGAAUCUGUGCAGCCAAGGCGGCAACCAGUGCGGCCAAUCUGGCACAUACAACGCAAACGACUCGUCAACAUACAACUACGUCAACGGCGCUUUCAACAUAUCAUACGUGGAUGGAUCAGGCGCAUCGGGAGACUAUGCGACAGACACUUUCCGCCUCGGCGGACAAACAAUAAAGGAUCUGCAGUUUGGUAUCGGCUACGUAUCAAGCUCACCAGAGGGCAUCCUUGGAAUCGGUUACACCAUCAACGAGGUCGCUGUAGGCCGCGCAGGACUGGACCCAUACCCAAACUUGCCUCAGAAGCUGAAGGAUGAUGGUACCAUCAACUCAAACGCAUACUCUCUGUGGCUGAACGAUCUGGACGCAUCUACUGGAAGCAUUCUCUUCGGUGGCGUGGACACGGACAAGUACCAAGGCGAGCUUCAGACACUACCUAUCAUCCCAGAGCGAGGACAAUAUGCUGAGUUUAUAAUUGCCCUGACUGGAAUGGGCCGCGAUGGCAAGAAUGGCUCCAUCUUCGAGAACUCAAACGUGCCCGUCUUGCUCGACUCUGGGUCUUCGUUGAUGUACUUGCCUGAUAACGUCGCGAGCUCGCUAUACCAAACCUUUGACGCUCAGUACGACGCUUCGCAGGGGGCUGCCUUUGUUGACUGUGAUCUUGCAAACCAGCAAGGCUCUCUCGAGUUCAACUUCUCUGGUGUCCAGAUCUCCGUCCCGCUCAACGAGCUUGUCAUAGUUGCUGCUGUUAGCCGCGGACGACCCGUCUGCAUCCUUGGUAUCGGACCUGCCGGACAAUCUGUCGCUGUUCUUGGUGACACCUUCCUACGAUCCGCAUAUGUCGUCUACGACCUUGAGAACAACGAAAUUUCUCUCGCCCAGACCAACUUUAACGCUACCUCUGAGAAUAUUCAGGAAAUCCGGGAAGGCUCUGACGGUGUACCCAACGCAACCGGUGUUGCUGGUGCGGUAUCAACUGCAGCAGUCGGCACUGGUGGACCCCGAGUCAAUGGCCCUAGUGUCACAGGUGGUGGCGGUGGAAUUGAAACUUCCACUGCCGCUGCCAUGCCUGUUGCAACUGCAAACCCCUGGAUUGGCGGUGCAGCGAUCGCUGGCGCAGGUAUUCUGAUGGGCUUCAACGGCUUUUGAUGUGUAGAUCACAAUUUUCCUAAUACCUGUCCAGCUU